AUGUACGCGCACACUCCGCCUCCACCGCCGCCGAAACCGCCCGGGAGCCAUGAUGUAAGCCGGAUGAGCACGCCAGCCAGCGGACCGUCGCCGCCACCUCCACCAUUGCCCGAAGCCAUCGCGGCCCAUGUGGGCUCCGCUGUGUGUGCGGCGCCGGCAGAGCCCAGAGCCGGAGCACAAUCUCACGAGGUUGAGGAUCUCGGUGACCAAUGGCUCCCUAAGUUCCUGGAGGAUAAAUCCAAACAAGAUCUAGCCGACAUCCUCGCCAACCACACUCUCCUAGCGGCAUUGACGCACUCGCCGCAAACCAUGCACCCGUCGCUCCGGCAUUCGCACGGAGGCUUGCAGGCGGCGCUGGCCGACAACAUGUCGCUCGCCUCGCUACUGGCCGACGCGGAGCGCCGCCUGGCCCACCAGCGCGGCCUUGCCCAGGCGCAGCUGCUGUCGACGCACGCGCUCGAGCGCCAGUGGCACGCCAAGCAAGGCGAGAUGGACCACGCGCUGGCCCCCUUUGCGCCCGCGAGCCUGUAUCAGCGCCUGGCGCAGGGUGUUGUGGAGCAGGAAGGAAUAUGCUAUGCGCUCGAGGAGAGUUUUCUAGAGGGUGGUGGAGGAGGAGGAGGAGGGGAUGGGGCUGGGCUUGCAACGGAACGCGAGGCUGCGGAGUGGGUUCGGAGGUACAGGGAGGCGAAGAAGCUUUACUACUUGCGGCAGGAGAGGAAGGAGAGGUGGGAUGAGGGGCGUGUUGGUGGGUGGCGGUGA